AUGGAGAAUCAAAAUCACCUCUCUGAGGCACAACGACUCGCCUUAGAUAAACUAUCGGCGUUCGUCGGGCCCGAUCAAAUCGAGGCCCUUUUGGCCCAAGGCCCCGAGGUUCUAAAUGCUCGUCUUGAGGCCUUUAUGCGUUAUGAAGCAACGCUCCUCGGGCAGGUCCAUGACCAGGCAGCGUCAGCUGCGCCUACACAGUACAUCCCGGUACCUGUGCCCGAUGCAGAGCCAAAGGCUUGUCCACUUGUUUUAAAUGUAAAGACCUUCGAGGGGAAGGAGGGAGAAAAUCUUCUCCUCUGGAUCCGAGAAGUUGAAAUGGCAAUGGAUGCCGCCAUGCUUGUAUCAGAUAAGCAACGAGUUGGUUUGGCCAUUUCGAAUCUCGUUUGUGUGUUUGCACCGCCUAAUAAGGCUUAUCGUGUGCGCUCACGUUUCUUAGCUACCCGACAGGGUAAGAAAGAAUUGUCGGACUAUGUCCAUGAGUUGAGAACUCUCAUUGCUGCUAUGCAGCAGGACCCACUGGCAGAGGAAGUCCGAGUAACCAUUUUUAUGGAAGGACUUCGCACUGGGGUCGCCAGGACGGAAGUUUUCCGUGUCCAGCCUUCGACGUUCGAGGAGGUAGUAAGCAUAGCGUUUAACGCUGAAUUUAAUUUUAAAUCUGCUCGAUAUGGUCUGCCCUGGUAUCAAUCAAAUACCUCUAACAGGGCGGAACCCAUGGACCUCAGUCAAGCUGAAGAAGCUGAGCUUCAAGCUGCUGAGCAGCAAGGAGGUAAAGGUAAACAGGGCUUAGCCCCAGGUGGUUCUGUGGAUGCUCACAUAGAACAAGAUUACAAGCCAGGCUUGUUGGUUGUGUCGGCAACCGUUAAGGGUUUGGAGAAACCAUGGUCAAUUUUAAUUGACUCAGGGGCGUCAGGUAAUUAUUUCCGACGUCGUUACCUUGAAGGGAGUCAGCUGUAUGCUGAGGCGCUAGAAGCGCAAGAGGGUGACAGUAUAACCGUGCGUCUCGCGACCGGUGUACGUGUCACCGUUCCUAAAGUUCCGUUGAACUUAGGUGUGAAGUUCUUAGACUUCAAUAGCGUUGAACGCUGUCUUGUCCUAGAUUUGGACUCGAGAUAUGAUCUCAUUCUCGGUAUGGCCUGGCUGGAACGCCAUGAGCCGUGGAUCGAUUGGAGAUCCAAAACCUUAGGCGCAACGCGCAAUGUUCCUAGCGAAGCUUUGGAGAGUCAUGAACCCACCUUUGCUAGGAAACAAAAGUGCUAUUGGCGCGAGCCAUUAACUGAUUCAGUUAGUGUGCUGGACAUUGGAGUGUCUGAGUUGAUAAAAUCCGAUGUCAACAAUAAUAGUGUCGAGUAG